AAAGACAGUUUGGGUGCUGUGUCUGGUAGCAGGAGAAGAUGGCGGUUUCCACAGACAAACUAUGAAAACAGAAUAUAUAGCCUGAAAGUAGAAUGUGGAUCUAAAUACCCAGAAGCUCCUCCAUCAGUUAGAUUUGUAACAAAAAUUAAUAUGAAUGGAAUCAAUAAUUCUAGUGGAAUGGUGGAUGCACGAAGCAUACCAGUUUUAGCAAAAUGGCAAAAUUCCUAUAGCAUUAAAGUUGUACUCCAAGAGCUAAGACAUCUAAUGAUGUCCAAAGAAAAUAUGAAGCUUCCACAACCACUGGAAGGACAGACGUACAACAACUGAUUUUAGUGGAUCUCAAACUUGUCUUAAAUCAACAACCUUCUACUCAUGUUAAUGUCUUGAUUAAGUAUCACCAUGCAAAAUACCCACACAUUAAGGAAAAGAAUUCCAGCUGGUAAACAUGACCUGGACAGUUGUAAGAAUAUAUUUAAUAUAUGUACACCUAUUAUGUUUUCAGGUAACAAGAGAAGUGCAGCACAUUUUUUCUUUCUCUUCUUAAAGCACUGUCAUUUAAACAUGAGCCUGAAGU